CAACUUUCCUCUCCAUCUCAUCACCUCCACAGACUAGACGCAUCAUCUCACGCUCCGGGAAUGGGAUCUUUACUGGGUUCAAAGAAAAACUUCGAGUUCUUUCGAAUUUACGCUCUACAGAAGCUACUUUUCAAACUGCAGGGAUAGUUGUUACUGCAGGUGCAGGGUGACAGAACGAAGAGCCAUUGGCCAAUGACAUCCAAGACGCACGAUAAGUUGUCAGGGAGUUUUAGACGCUAGAAAUCAGUUGAACACCACGAAGUGAACGGCCUGAAUUUCAUGACUAGGAGAUUCUAGUCAAUUCAGACCACGGUUAGCCUACUUCAAUCGAGGCGUGCGUAAAAUAUUUGUGCGUAAAGUUGGAGCUUUUGCGCACGCUUAAAAUUUUGUUCUAGUGUGGCAGCUAAUGCAAGAACGUAAAAGUCAACUUUUAAAUCUGUGAGAAGUGUUUAUAUAAUCACAGCCAUGGCAAGAUGGUUCAGAGAUUUCCCCAUCAACCUGAAGACUGGAAAUGAAAGGGUCCGCUCGGCCUCUGAAUCUGGUCCGCAAACUCGACACAAACCCUCGUUUUCUCGUGACAGUCUGAAAGGAAAUCAGCGCAAAGAUGGGGGAGUGGGGGGGUUAUUGGCAGGGAGAAAUAGGAAAAAUUCGGCUACAGAACUGGGUCGUAACAACGCUGGUUCUGCUGGAACAGUCUGGGAUAGUCUCACAACUGGAAAAGGUCGCAAGAACUCCAAGGUCGAGACUGGGGCAUCAGAUGAGAUCCGCCAGGUCAGGACCUCUAGUUUGGCGCAAGCGUACAUCAGCAGGAUGAUCAAAGUGGACAAACAAGACAAGACCCCCAGACUCAACGGGAUAAGUGAACAGAAGCAGCCCGAGAACGAAAAGGGAAGGUCUGACAUUAAAACAACGCUCAUUAUCCUAGAGGACUACGCAGAUCCUUUUGAUGCAGAGAAAACCAAGGAGCAGAGGGAGGCUGAGAGAGCAGGAGUGAAUGAUGGGUACAUGGAGCCAUAUGAUGCCCAGGUCAUCAUCACAGAGGUCCGUAGACGGGGCUCCAAAGACCUCCUGAAAGUGUGUGUUCUGCUGGACCGAGGCAAGAGAGAGGGGAAGGGAGAAGAGGGAAAACCCACUCCCCCAAACAUCUAUGACAUACCGUAUGAGGGCGGGCUGGAAGGCGACAGUGGGGGGGUGUGGAUCCCUGUCACACGGCCAGAGUCUGACGUCCGUCCCGCUGGAGAGUACGAACUGCCCUGGGAGUGGAGAAAGGAGGACAUUGUUAGAGCACUGUCAGCUCAGUUUGAGGCAGUGGAUUGUUCUCCCAUGAAAGAGAACAGUUCAACCUCUGCCCGCCAGCAGCAGCAGCAGCAGCAGCAGCAGCAGCAGCAGCAGCAGCAGCAGCAGCAGCAGCAGCAGCAGCAGCAACAGCAGCAGCAGCAGCAACAGCAGCAGCACACCCUGAGGCAGAAGAACUGGAACCAUAAAAUACUUGUACCAUCUUCUCCGUCCUCCUCCUCGUCUCCCUCCUUUCCCUCCUCUCCUAUUCUCAAACUCUCCCCUCUCACGCCCCCAUCUCCCUCUUUCCCCACCCUCAAACUCUCACCCUCUUCUAGUCCGAACAAACUUUCCCCUCCGUCUCCUACCUCCCCCAGUGCCCCACUGGAGGUGGAGGCAGCCAAAGUGGACCCCAGCCCGCCCCUGGAGAAGCAGAGCUGGUACCAUGGCAGUGUGAGUCGGCAACAGGCUGAGGCUCAGCUGCAGCGCUGCAGGGAAGCCAGCUUCCUGGUGAGAGACAGCGAAUCAGGAACCAGCAAGUACUCCAUUGCUCUGAAGACCAGUCAGAGUUGUGUGCACAUCAUUGUGGCCCAGACAAAGAAUGUUAAGGGUUUGGGCUUCACACUGGAUCAGAGUAGUUGCGUCUUCUCCAGCAUCCCUGAGCUGGUCCAUCACUACUGCACACACAGACUGCCUUUCACUGGAGCAGAGCACAUACCCUGCAGCAUCCCUCUGAUCUGUGGAGCCUCUGAGGUAUGCCACAUCCGCCCCUCCCGCCUCCUCCCCCUGCUCCUCUGCGCGCCCCCCGCCCCGCCCCCGCCUCUCCAGCGCGUCGCAUCGCUGAGCGGUGUUCAGCACGGACAGCCAGCACCGCACGACCCAGCGCACAGCUUACCUGGCCCCGCCGAGGUAUUUCUAUUCUCCCCUUUUCGGGCGAAAAAGUGCGGACCGACGAAGAGACCUGAACUCACCAUGCCAGGUAGAGAGUGA